AUGAAAGUAACUGGAGGCGUUCGAAGCAUUCUUAAAUCUGUUUCUUAUCAGGUUAUACCGGUAUUGUAUAAAUUUCACACCAGAUGAAUUGAUCGGGAGACGAGACUGGUCUUUAAAAGUGUGAGGUCUACGCCGGUAGUACAGGUGGCCCACCAUGUUUUUGUAUUCAACUCAACAUCUAUGCCACAGUGCCUAAGAGUCGGAAGUUAGUGAAAGGACCUAAGCCUGGCGCGCCAUGCUGUCUCCGCUGCGUCGGCUGGGCGGCCCGCUGCUGACGCAAGCUCGACGCGCCGUCUCCACGUCUGCGCCGCUCGCCGCCGCCCGGAAGGGCACGCGCGAACGCAAGAAAGCCAAGAUCGUGAAGAAGGAGGAGGUGAAGACGGAGUGGGUGCCGGAGAACGUGCGCCGCGCCGAGCUGCUCAACCAGCAGCCGUACCCGGACAGAAGGGUCAACCGCUACCGCCUGCCGGAGCCGGUGGAUGACGUGUACGUGCGCAACUGGUUCCGCUGGCCCGAGUAUAGGAUGGAGCAGGCGGUGGAGAUGCACCGCGAGACGCACCACCCGACCGUUUACAACCGGCCGCACGAACUGCUGUUCGCCACCAUCGAGCUGGACAUGCAGAUGGACAAGCGGACGCGCUUCGCAGACCCAGUGCGCCAGGUGGUGACGCUGCCACACGCGUUCGAGUUCGCGGCGCCACGCGAGGUGGCCGUCUUCUGCCAGUCGGCCGCAGCGCGCCAGCUCGCCGAACAGAUCGGCGUCACGGUGUACGGCGGCAGCGAGCUCAUCAAGCAGUUCCAGAGCGGCGCUAUGAUGGCCGACGACUUCGACUACUUCGUGGCGCACCCGGAGAUGAUGUCGGAGCUGGUGGCGAUCCGCGGUCUGUUGCGGCGUCGCUUCCCUAGCCUGCGCGACGGCAGCCUGACGGUCGACCUGGCGGCGGCCGUCGACCGCUUCCGCUCGGGCCUUGAGUACGCCUCGGAGCGCGACGAGCGGCAGCCGGACUUCGCCCAGGUGGUGGCGCCCGUCGGCAAGCUCAGCAUGCCGACCGAUCAGCUGAUCGCCAACCUGACCGCGCUGCUGACCGACCUGCAGGCGGCUCGGCCACGCGGGCACACGCGCCCGUUCGUGACGCGCGUCUCCUCUUGGUGCCAGCCGGCGCCCGAGAAGUUUGACAUCGACUUCGCGGCGCUGCUGGAGCCGGCGCGGGCGCAGGCGCAGGCCGACGUGGAUCCGCCGCCGACAGAGGCUCACGCCGAGCGGGUGUGAGCGUCAGUGUCGGGCCUGGGACCGGUGCAGGUGGCGCCAGCGGCGGACCGGCAUCGAUACAGGCGGCAGCAGCGGUGGGCGCGGGCCGAGCCCGGCGGCACAUGGUGGGUGCGAACACAAACAGGAAGCGACUGCCGCUGCUGAAACUCGGGCUGGUUUGGUGGUGCGCAUGAAUCGACUGCGUUCGAUUACACGUGUGCUGUUUGUGCGUGCGAUGUAUGUCAUGGCCCCUGUAGUGAAUGCAAUUAAUGACUGAACUAUU